AUGUACUGGAUACAACGGCGUUUACUUUUUGUGCGGUUCGACGCCGGCAUACUUCCGGAUAAUGUAUCGUGUUUCGGGUCUUGUGUUCGUUUAAAAUUAUUAUUUGUGUGACUUUUUUUUGGUUUUACAGAGAGCUUCUAUUCGGUAUGCCCCGAAGUAUUGGCGAAGCAUAUUGCCGACCGGUGUCGGUUUUCCAGACGGGGUCGCCGUUGACCCGUUCUGCGGGGCCGGCGGCAAUGCGAUUCAGCUAGCCAAAACUUGUAAAGGUAACGUACCUAUUAUACCUACCGUACCUACGCAAUAUAUUAUGUUCGUUUAUAACAUUACAUUUUUUUUUUUUUCUUUAUUAAUUUUUGAUUUUACAUCAGUGAUCGCUAUGUUUAUCGACGAAACAAAAAUUACAUUGGUCCGGCACAACGCCGGUGUAUAUGGCUGUGCCGGAAACGUUGAGUUCCGGCAGAACGAUUUUUUUACCGGACCGAGUGGUCAACAGGCAAAUGUAGUGGUCACGUCGCCCCCGUGGGGAGGUCCCAAGUACCUCCUCGAGGACUCGUACAGCGCGUCAGUCCUGUGCGAGGCUUACGGGGGCGGCGAAGUCAUCGGGCGGAUUGCGAAAUCGAUGGCACCGAAGUUGGUCCUACAUUUGCCCAGAACGGUUGAUAAAUCCGAGGUUCGUAUACUGUUUUUUGUCUUAAAAUUAUUCUUAAAUGUUCUAUUCUGUUUUACUUUACAUNGGAAACAUCGAGUUCCGGCAGAACGAUUUUUAUACCGGACCGGACAGAACGGUUGAUAAAUCCGAGGUUCGUAUACUGUUUUUUGUCUUAAAAUUAUUCUUAAAUUUUCUAUUCUGUUUUACUAUAUAUUCUAUAGUAAUUGAUGAUUCGUAUACUUAUUUGUUUCAGUGCGUAGCAAUCGCCAAAAUGCUCUGCUUUACUCGGAUAAAGUUCGAGGACAAUUUUAUAAAUGGUCGACUCAACUCUACGACAGUAUUUUUUAGCUUGUGAUUUUAUUUCUACCUUUUAUUGCAUUUUUUAUUUUUAAUUUUAAGUUUUGUUUUAACUCUAGUUUUUAAAAUUAUUUUUCAUUAGAUUUUAACCAGCU